ACAUAUUUACAUACAUACUUAAGUAGUGGAAAUGGAAGGAUUAACCGUUACCAUAUGCGGUGGAGGAAAUGGUGCGCAUGCGUUUGCAGGGAUUUCGUCAUUGGUCGAGAAUGCUCACGUGACAGUUCUUGAUAUAUUCGAAGACGAGGCCGAGCGCUGGAAUGCGACGUUGGUAAAGAAUGGGUUCAGAGUCAAAUACAGAAAUGGAGAAGUCAGAGAACAGCGCCCUGGCGAGACGAAGUUUAGCGUUACACGUGAUGUUGGUGUUAUUUCAAGGUCGGAUAUGGUCUUUUCAGUCGUACCAGCAUAUGCACACGAGACGUACCUCAAACUAAUUACACCUCACCUGAAGGAAACAGCAAUAGUGAUUGGAAUGCCAGGACAUGCUGGAUUCGAAUACCAAUGUGGUUCUAUCUUACGUGAAAAUGGAAAGAGCAACACUAUCGUUGCUUUGGAGACAUUACCCUGGGCUUGCAGAUAUACGAAAUAUGGAGAGGAGGUGGAUAUAGUCGGAACAAAGGAAGAGGUUUACUGCUCGAUGGUUAAUCCGGAAGGGUCUACGACAAAAAAGGAUUCGCUGAUGACCCUCUUGCAGACUUUGAUUGGACCAAAGCCAGUGGUGAAGCUUUGCGAGAAUUAUGUUAAGCUUACACUGAUGGCCAUAUCGACAGUUCAUCCUCCGAUCAUGUAUGCCAGGUGGAAAGACUGGGACGGUGGACCGCUGGAGAGCCCGCCUCUGUUUUACCAAGGUGUUGACGAGACAGCUGCUAAAUACCUUGAUGGCGUCAACAAUGAAGUUAUAGCAACUGCUGAAAGGCUUUCACAGAAGUUUCCUCAGCACGAUUUCUUGGGCAUUCCAACAAUGCAAGAUUGGUUUAUCCAUCACUAUGGAGACCAAAUUGCUGACAAGUCAACAUUAGUUUCUUGUCUGAAAACCAACAGCGGUUAUGAGGGCCUUAAGCAUCCAAUGUCGAAGACAAAAGACGGGAAAUACGUGCCUGAUUUCGGAUACAGAUACAUUGUGGAGGACAUACCUUACGGACUUGUGGUAUUAAAGCAGAUAGCUGACAUGGUUGGAGUGGAUACACCGGUCAUCAAUGAAAUCGUGGAGUGGGCGCAAGAAAAAAUCGGAGUGAUAUUCAUUCAAGAUGGCCGCUUGGUUGAUGUGGAAAGAGAGCAUGCGCGGAUGCCGAAAGCUUAUGGCAUUGACAACAUAGACAUACUUGUGUCGUUUUUCAAAUCGUCGUAACAUUGUUAUUUUUUCACAUGUAUCUUUCUAUUGUCUCGAAUUGAUACAGUCGCAC